GGUGCGAAAACCGGGAUCAUGUAUUGCAUAUUGCAUCAUAUGCACGAGGUUUUGCACGUUUUGCUCAUUUGACAUUUUAUUUCACUCUUCAUUGUUUUAAUUCAAAUCAUAUUCACCUAAGUAAUCAUUGUUGAAACCUGUGACGAGUGAGGUUUGGCUAUCUUCUUCGUUGAUUGAAUGAGCACUGGGGGAUUAAAUUUUAAUAAACAUAAAAUAUUAUGGCGAUGGAUUGUUCAAUUAACGCAACGUGUUUCUCAACCCAAUCGUAUCCAUGCUUAUCAAUCGGUCCAGCAUAUCAUUUCUGGAGAAGAGCGAAGGUUGGCCUUGGACGUGGACAACAACCAGUUCUGGAAGUGUCAAAGAAUACCAAGUCAUUCGAGUUGCCUCCUCCUCCAAACUUGUCAUCAUCAUCAUCAUCCUAGAUCGUCUUAUAAUUGGCUGAAUACCCGUUGGCUGAAAGAAAUUUCCUUAAAAAGAAGACCUUAUAAUAAUUCCAGAUCAAUUUCUAGCUAUUCUACUUUCCAAACAGAAUACUCGGCUGUAGACAACACAAAAUACUACAAAGCGAAAAUGUCUGCUCAGCUUAUUUCCGGGACUGAAGUCUCAAAGGAGAUUCAACAACAACUAGCUGAAGAGGUGACGCGCAUGAAAGAAAUUGAUCCCAACUUUCUUCCUGGUCUCGCAAUUGUUCAAGUCGGUGGACGCGAAGAUUCGAAUGUCUACAUAAGAAUGAAGAUUAAGGCUGCUACAACAAUUGGAAUGAAGGCUGAACAUGUAAAACUACCAAGGACUAUAACCGAAAUCGAGUUACUGGAAGAGUUGGACAAACUUAACAAGGACCCCAAUAUUCAUGGAAUUAUCGUGCAAAUGCCAUUGGAUGCUGAUAACCCAAUUGACUCUCAUCGCGUGACUGACGCUGUUGAUGCAUCUAAAGAUGUUGAUGGUCUGUGUACUGUCAAUGAGGGUCGUGUGGCUAUUGGUGAUCUGAAGUCUGGAUUUAUGCCGUGCACGCCUUACGGAUGCAUUGAAUUGAUCAAAAGGACUGGCGUUCCUAUCCAAGGCGCAAAAGCAGUUGUUCUUGGCCGUAGUAAAAUUGUUGGCACUCCUGUAGCUGAAUUGCUAAAGUGGCACGAUGCAACUGUGACUGUUUGUCAUUCUAAAACUAAAAAUCUUGCUGACGAGGUACGGCAAGCAGACAUAGUGGUUGUUGGCAUUGGGAAACCUGAAUUGGUGAAAGGCAGUUGGGUGAAACCUGGAGCAGUUGUUAUAGACUGUGGGAUUAAUUCAAUUCCUGAUCCUACCAAAAAGUCAGGCCAACGAUUAGUUGGGGAUGUAGACUUUGCGGAAGUCAGUCAAGUAGCGGGAUACAUUACUCCUGUUCCAGGAGGCGUGGGACCAAUGACGGUUUGCAUGUUGAUGAAAAACACUGUUAUUUCGGCUGGAAAGUCUUUAGCAUUGCAAAAAGGGAUCAAGUGGAAUUUUUCACCAAUUCCACUGAAAACAGCUACCCCCGUUCCGAGUGACAUCCAAAUAUCUCGAAGUCAAAGGCCCAAGAACAUUACGGUAUUAGCUUCUGAAAUUGGCUUAAACCAAGACGAGCUGGAAUUGUAUGGGAAUAAGAAAGCAAAGUUGUCCCUGAGCAUUAUCGAACGUCUCAAAUCUGUCAAGGAUGGGAAAUACAUUGUGGUUGCAGGGAUAACUCCAACAUCAUAUGGCGAAGGAAAGAGUACAACCACCGUUGGUCUGGUCCAAGCUCUUGGUUCACAUUUGGGGAAAAAUGUAUUUGCCUGCCUACGCCAACCUUCUCAGGGACCAACAUUUGGAAUCAAGGGUGGGGCAGCCGGCGGAGGGUAUUCGCAGGUGAUUCCGAUGGAAGAUUUCAAUUUACACUUGACCGGCGACAUCCACGCUAUUACUGCCGCAAACAACUUACUUGCGGCACAGAUUGAUGCACGAAUGUUUCAUGAGGCGACCCAAUCCGACAAAGCGUUGUUCUCUCGGUUGGUGCCCCAAAAAGAUUCCACCAGGAUAUUUUCCCAAAUUCAGCUUAAACGUUUGAAUCGGUUGGGAAUCACGAAAACGGAUCCAAACAGCCUUACGGCGGAUGAAAUUACAAAAUUUGUGAGGUUAAAUAUCGAUCCAGAAACGAUUACAUGGAAUCGAGUUAUUGAUACAAAUGACCGAUUUUUGCGCAAAAUUACUAUUGGACAGUCUGCCACAGAAAAUGGACAUGACCGUGUAACCCAGUUUAAUAUUACCGUUGCCAGUGAGAUCAUGGCCGUCUUAGCGUUGACCACUAGUAUGAGAGACAUGCAGGAACGACUUGGAAAAAUGGUCGUUGCAUCUGACAAAGAUGGGCAUCCUGUUAGUGCUGAUGAUUUGGGCAUAACUGGUGGCCUGGCCGUUCUAAUGAAGGACGCUAUUCGACCGACGCUAAUGCAAACAUUAGAGGGAAAUCCAGUCCUUGUGCAUGGGGGGCCAUUCGCCAACAUAGCUCAUGGAAAUAGCAGCAUAAUAGCUGACAAAAUCGCUUUAAAGUUGGUUGGACCGGAAGGAUAUGUCGUCACUGAGGCUGGGUUUGGGGCUGAUAUUGGGAUGGAGAAAUUCAUGAACAUCAAGUCUCGAUAUUCGGGAUUAACACCAUCUGCAGCAGUAAUAGUAGCUACCGUGAGGGCAUUAAAAAUGCAUGGGGGUGGUCCAACUGUAACGGCUGGAAUGCAGAUUCCCGAAGCAUACAACAAGGAGUCUUUGGAAUUGGUAGAAGCUGGAUUUGCUAACCUCCAACAGCAAAUUGAAAGUGCUAGGAAAUUUGGAGUUCAAGUUGUAGUAGGCAUCAAUCGUUUCAAGACGGAUACGGAUGCGGAACUAAAAUUGAUACGAGAUUUGUCCAUUCGUUGUGGUGCGUUUGAUGCUGUUGUUGCAGAACAUUGGGCUAAAGGUGGAGCCGGAGCUGUAGACUUGGGAAAUGCCAUUAUAAAGGCUUGUGGACAACCCGUCAAUUUCAAUUUUCUAUACCCCCUUACCAUGUCUUUGGAGGAUAAAAUCAGAACAAUUGCUCAAGAGAUUUAUGGUGCGAAGGACAUUGAAUUAUCGGAACUCGCCAAGAAACGGAUUGAGACCUACACCCGGCAAGGGUUUGGACAUUUGCCGAUUUGCAUGGCUAAAACUCAUUUGAGCUUGAGUCACGACCCUAAUCUUAAAGGAGCUCCGAAAGGGUUUAUUUUGCCAAUUCGAGAUGUGUCGGCAAGUGUGGGGGCAGGCUUUAUCAUUCCAAUUGUUGGACAGAUGUCCAUGAUGCCAGGACUGCCAACGCGUCCAUGUUUUUACGACGUCACUUUGGAUCCCGAGACUGAAUUGGUUGAUGGGCUAUUUUAACUCGUCCCCAUUGAUGGCAUGUCACAAAUUAGUAUACUUGUAAAUAAUCAACUAUAUGUGUCUCCAAUAAAAUUGAAACAAAAAGUUUAAUUUUUUACGAGGCA